AUGGACUCUCAUCACAACCCAGACACUGUCAUGACUGACGAGCAGCUUGCUGCUGGGGAGGAAACGAUCACCGACCUCGGCGAUUACGUCCUCGAAGAUCUCCCCGACGGCGUUCCGCCGGAACUUAACGAAGAGCCUGCUGCUAAGAAGCAGUGUGGCGAAGGGACCUCCUCUGGUGCUGCUGGGGCUAGCGCUCCUGCUGCUGCGCCGCUGGUGCCGCAGCCGAUGCAGCGCUCUAACUCUUCCGGUAGCUCCGCGGCCACGGCCCCCUCGUCGUCUCGUCCGUCGGCCCCACCAAGGCCGAGGUCUGCUCCGCCCUCUCGGCCGCAGCCUCCUGUCCAGGAAGCCGCGGUUGAACAGCCUUCAGCCGGAACUGCCGCCAACCUCUCCCUGUCGGUGCGAUACCGCAACCUCCGCCGUCACCGCCCCUCCGUGGGUACCGAGCUCCGGUCCCUGACGCGCGACCCGCUGCUACUGGUUGCGGUGAUGUUUCGGGAGUGCUCUGAGGAGGUUCGGGAGAGUAUCCUCUCCCGGAUCGCCGCUGCGCUCCCCGGCUCUGCUGCCUUCAACCGUGCUGUCCCGCAGUUUGACGCGGCUACGGGUGAGCCGCUGCUCUUGCCGCGCAGGACGUAUUUUCGGCACAUCUACUCCUGGACCUCCGCUGCUGACGCACGCAUCUUCCGCGGGCUGUUUGCGGUUCCUUUCCUUGUGCGGUUGAACAACAGCCGCCCAAUCGAGGUUAAGAUUUACGUGGACCCAUACCCUGAAUUCUCGGCUGCAAAGGCUCGUGGCGACACGUACAUGGUGGUGCGGAACGUGCCGCUUGGUGUCCAGCCCGAAGAACUGCGCGCCUCUCUGCUCAGCGGCAAAACCGAUGAUGAUUUGCCGUGGCUUGCGGAUCUCCUGCAUUUUCACCGGCUCAAGGACCCUUAUGACGGCUCGGCUUACUCGCAGAUGCUUGGACUCCCGGUUGCGGCCGAAGGAGAUCCUUCCUUUAACCGCAUCUCGGCUAUCCUCUGGAUCCCGGACCAGGAGGAGCCCGCCUUCCUCAACAUAUCAUGCCACGCGUGCACCCUGUGCUCAAGCAACCACAGGCUUGAGGAUCACGCAUGCUUCGCCAUCACCCGACGCAACCGGGUCGCCAACAGGCAAUCCAUCACCAUGUCUGCGCUGCAGGCGGUUAACGGCAAGCUCCUUGGACAGCACGCUUCCACGGCAGCUUUCAAGAAAGACCCCGGCCUGCUCCUCAUUAGCCUGGACCUCGACGUGGAGGUGUGGGCGUGUUCGAUCUGUGACUUCGUGUGCGGCAUCGCUCUCGACAGCGCGAUGUUUCACCUCAACUCCGAUCAGCACCGCAACAGGCUGAAGGACCCUGCGCACCAGAAUGUCAGCAAGGACAAAUACGGGGCCUGCCAUAUUCGGAUUGCCCGUGCAGUCAACCCCACGGACGAGGGCCUCGGUGAGCAGCUGCGCGCUGCAUCCCAACAGUUUGACAAGUACGAGGCUUUUCGCGCCGCAGAUAUAGCCCUCAAAGCGAAGCUGAAAGUCGAAGGCCCCCGCGAAAUGGGAGUCUCCUCAUUGCUGGUCGGGAUUAACUCUCGUAUCAAAGCCUCGCUGGUCACGUCCCUUCAAUCCCCCUCAGGCGAGCUCGUCUCGGACCUCCCCACGAUGAGCACCUUAUGCACCACCUUCUUCCAAGACCUAUACAGUGCCUCGCACCUCGUUCGAUACGACGAGAAUUUCUGGUCGCAUGUCCCCCCCUCCCAGCUCCCCCCUCACACUUCCUCCCGACUCGCGCUACCCUUCUCUAUGGAGGAAAUCGCCUCUGCUAUCAGCAAGCUCCCGCGCUGUAAAACUCCAGGGCCGGACGGCCUGACAGGGGAACUCUUCCGCUCCUUCAAGACCAGCUUCACCCCAGCCAUCCACUCCCUGUUCCUUGCCUCCUCCUCCGCCCUCCCCCCCACGAUGCUGCAGGGUCGCACGGUGCUUAUCCCCAAAAAAGGGGAUUCCACCGUACUUGAUAACCUCCGCCCGAUCACCUUAAUGAAUUCCGACUAUAAAAUCCUUGCCAUUUGCCUCGCCUCCUGCCUCCAACCCUUACUCCCUUCCCUCAUUCACCACUCUCAAGCUGCGUUUAUCAAAUCCAGGAAAAUCGUUGAUACGCUUAAUGAUACUCUCGAUAUCUUCAACUGGGCCACCACACAAAAAUUCCCUUUGCUUGCCCUGACAGUUGACAUUCGCAAAGCAUAUGAUUUAGUCGAUCGAGAAUUCAUGCUCACCUGCCUCGCAACCCUCGGUCUGCCUCCCCCGUUCCUCCGUUGGGUUCGGCUUAUGCAUACCAAUACGACCACAAAAAUAUCCGUCAACAACUUCUGUGGGCCGGCCAUCCCUGUCCGCUCAGGUGUACGGCAAGGGUGUCCCCUUGCCCCCCUUCUCUUUCUUUGUGUUAUCGAAGUUUUCCAUCGCUAUGCUUCUCACUUCCUUCCCAGCUUCCCCAUCUCCUGCACCCAACGACGGCUAAUGUCGUGCUAUGCAGACGACGUGACAAUAUUCCUUAACUCUGACAAAAAGCUCCAGAAGGCCUCUCACGUUCUCCUUUCCUUUGCCGCGGUGUCAGGCGAAUACCCGAACCGGGCCAAAUAUUUCAACCCCCCCCCCACCCCCUCCAUUCAAGCCAUCGACGCAGUCGUUGGGAACUUACUCUCGUCGUCCAAAUACCAAGCGGAAGGUCGUACUCACCGGCUCCUCGCUCAUAACACCAUAUACAACAGAGUCGAGCACGGCGGGCUCGGGGCAAUCCGUCCCACCACGCAAAUACUUGCGCUGAACGCUCAGCGUGCACUGCGUCGCUUCUCCCACCUUCCCAACGCAGCCGUCGCAAGGGAGCUCGUACCCAUCCCCUUCGGCCUCCACGGCUUCCUGCUUCACAAAGACUUCCUCGCGGCUCUCCCUGACGCCGUCCCGACCCGCCUACGACAAGAAGUCCGGAGUCUCACCUCGCUCUCCCUUAACGUGCUGCCCCCCCGCCCCGAGUUCUGGUGCAUCCUGGCCGAACUUGUCCCGUUCAACCCCCUCCUCUGCAAGGAGGACGGGCGACCCUUCGGACGGCUCAAAGACGAGGCCUUCCUCUUAACGGAAGAAGUCCGUAUUGGCCAUCUUGUGCGCCGCGACGCCACAGGUGCCCGCCGGAUGACUAAGGAGGAAAUCCUGCUCAAAUACCCCCCCCGCAACUACCCUUGCAGCCGCCGUAUCCUCCACGAAAUUUAUGAGGCGAUGCCGGACGAAUGGUUGGCGGCCCUAUCCUCCUCCCACAGCCGCGUGCCCCUGUCCUCUGGCGACUGGGUGAUAAUGGCGGCAGAUAUGCACUCCCUUCCUCGCCUCGCUUAUGAAGUCGUCUCCAUUAUCUCAACUGAUUCCUUCCAGGCCAGCGCCUACCCCAUCGACCCAGUAGGUAGAAUCUCGAAGGCGGCUGAGGCUCGUUGCCUCCUCCGCAUUCGAGAUACGGUGCAGGUGCUCGUGACAGAUCGGUGGCUCUGCGGUACCUUUUGCUCAGGAGCGGGACUAGCAGCGCGAUUGGAGAUUCUACACGAGGGCGCCCCUUCACUAGCGACGAUCAGGAGCCUGGCUUACACGCAACAGCCGCUUCCGCAUGCGCAACGAUGGAUUAACAUCCUUCCUGACCCAGGUCCCAGCCUCGUUCCUGACUACACGCACGACUUCCUAGCAGAACAACCCUCUUCGCAGCGUGACGUGCUAUUUCGGCUUUACGCUCGUGCGCUGCCCUCUGGUUCACGAUUCCUUUACACUGCCGAUAAGGGCAUCUGCGGGGGGUGCAACAGAGGAGUCAUUGAAGACCUGCCUCACCUCUUUUUCGAAUGCGGUGUUGCCCAACCCAUCACCGCGGCGCUUCAACGGACCGCCCGCCUUCACAUGGGAAUUUCCACUCCAGCGGCGUUGACCCUCUUCCCUAUGACCUCAGCUGCGGGCCGGGUCGCUCCCUGA